AUGAGUAUGUACUGGGAGAGAAAGUUAUUCCCGGAUGCUUUCACAGUAUUAUCAGAAAAACCAGCGACUUUCACAAUCACUGUGACGUCUGAAGCAGGAGAAAAUGAUGAAACUGUGCAAACAACCUUGAAAUUUACCUAUAGAGAAAAAUAUCCUGAUGAAGCUCCACUUUAUGAAGUUGUCUCACAAGAGAAUCUUGAUGAUAGUGAUGUUACAGACAUAAUAAAACUGCUAGAACAACAGGCAGAAGAAAAUUUAGGAAUGGUUAUGAUCUUCACUCUAGUCUCAGCAGUACAGGAGAAAUUAAAUGAAAUAGUGGAUCAAAUAAAAACACGGAGAGAAGAGGAAAAGAAACAGAAAGAAAAAGAAGCAGAAGAAGAAGAGAAACAACGUUUUCAUGGCACUCCUGUUACAAUUGAGAACUUCCUAAACUGGAAAGCAAAGUUUGACGCAGAACUUCUAGAAAUAAAAAGGAAAAAAAUGAAAGAAGAAGAACAAGCGGGCAAAAAUAAAUUGAGCGGUAAACAGCUGUUUGAAAUGGAUCACAACCUUGACACCUCUGACAUCCAGUUCUUGGAGGAAGCUGGAAACAGCGUGGAGGUUGAUGAAUCUUUAUUCCAAGAAAUGGAUGAUUUAGAGUUGGAGGAUGAAGAGGAUGACCCUGACUACAACCCUGUUAAUUUAGAUAGUGAUUAGGCUUUUUUUGAAUUGGCUCUGUCAUCAGUAUGGACAUUUGUAAGGAGAAAGGGGCAGGCAGGAAAGCCACAGCAUCUGUGGUUUUAGUGAUGUGCAUCAGUUUUUUUUUUUCUUUAUUUUUCCAAAGAAAAAACCCUAGAUAUUUAAAAUCCAGGAGAAUUGUCUUCUGAUGACUUUCAUUAUAAAUAAAUUUAAUAUUUCAAAUGAAAAA